AUGUUAACUCAAUCUAAAGUGAGUGUUGAAUCUAGCAAAGUUAUCAAACCAAAAACAAGUUAAAUAGGGUUAUUAUCAACUGCUAUCAGUAAAAUUGGAGAUUCUAAUUUAACUACAAAGACGAGAGAGUCAAAUAAUAUGUCUCCAGUUAAAAUGAGAUUAUUUAGAGACUCUUCACCAAAAUAAAGUAAAGGAUUAUAAGGAAUAGUAGUUGGGGAAUAUCAGUAUUAUUUUUAAUAAUAAUAGUGCUUUAACACCUUCUCAUAUUGUAUUUAGUAGCAUUCAUAAAAGCACAUCUCCUAUGAGAUCAAGUUUAAAUUAUAAUGAAUCUCCUUAGAGAGCUAAAGUUAGAAUAGAUAGAUUCAAGAAUUGGGAUUCAAAGUUAGGACUAGAGCUCUAAAUAUAAAACACAAAAUUCACUCGCCUCAAUAAUGAACUAUCAUACUAAAAUUACUAAUCUCAUCAUUUAUCAAAUAAAUCUGCUGUUUUCUUGGGUAACAAUCAGAGCAGAUUAGGUUUUGGUGAAAAUUAAAGUGAUCUUAGAUUAUUGAGUGCUAAAUUGAAUGCUAUUUCUCCAUCUUAGAUUGGAACGUUUACUGUUGAGUAAGAAUUCAAUUACACAUUUUAUAGACAUAAUCAUGAAUUAGCCUCUUUGUAAUAAUCACUCACUAGAAUCUUAAAAUAAAGUCGAUAAUAUUGA